CGAUGUUGCGGGUCAGUCUCACCACGCGAGACAACCGUCGUACAACUCGUGCGAUACGUCAUACCCACGACUCCUUAUAAUGAGCUCCGUUUCUUUCUUGACCACUAUCUUUGACCAGUGUAGCCCAGAAUGGCGCCUGUGCAUGCUCUCGACAAGUACUACCUUGGAAUCACAAUUCUCGUAACAACGGGUUACCAAGCCUUGGGUUUCUUCAUAGCUUGGACUUUCCAGUUUGACAAAAUUACGGACUUCACUGGAGGAUCAAACUUCUUCAUAUUAGCUCUCCUGACUCUACUCAUCGGAAAUACGUUCUAUGCCCGAAAUAUUGUUGCCAGCGUGCUGGUGAUGGUCUGGGCCUCUCGUCUGGCAGGGUUCCUUCUCUUCCGCGUUUUGAAAACGGGGAGCGACUCUCGAUUUGAUGAGAUACGCGCCCACUUCUUCAAGUUCAUGGGUUUCUGGAUUGGCCAGAUAGUCUGGGUCUGGACAGUCUCGAUGCCACUGACAAUUUUGAACUCGCCGGCUGUCUCCGACCGGUCCUUGGGCGGUUCAAAUCCAUCAUUUGGCACGUCCAGAGAUAUCGCUGGAAUCGUUCUAUGGGCUCUCGGAUGGGUGAUUGAGUCCACCGCGGACAUCCAGAAGUUCCGUUAUAAAUCGACAAAACCUCCAAAAGAUGAGCCGCCUGCCUUUGGCAUUUGGAAAUAUUCUCGUCACCCUCCUUAUUUCGGAGAGAUUAUGUGUUGGUGGGGUAUUUGGAUCCUAUGCCUUUCUCCGACCAGUGAUGGAACGUUGCCCACGUCUGCCAAACAAGCGCAGUAUGGUGCCAUCAUGUCACCAAUUUUCACGACUCUGCUUCUGAUGUUCGCCUCUGGCGUACCAACAGCGGAGAAGCCUACUGCGAAAAAGUAUUAUCUUCUAUCGAAUGGGAUGCACGCCAAGGAGGAGCAUCGGGAAGCGUGGAAGAAAUACAAAUUGUACCUCAAGUCCACUAGUGUACUUAUCCCGUUGCCCCCAGCCCUAUAUCGCCGCCUACCGGAGAUCAUAAAGAAGACCGUUCUUCUCGACCUGCCUAUGUAUCAAUUUGACGAGAAGACGGAUGGACCAAUGGCCAUCGAGGAAGAGCGCAAGAAAGCGUCAGAGCAGGCGUAGUAAUUAAUAAUAGGUCUUCCUAACCUAGCAUUUACUUAUGUAUUCGAUCAGAGCCGUUUUCAAUACGAUAUGUACCG